AUGGGAAAGGACUACUACUCGAUCCUGGGCAUAUCGAAAAACGCCACGGUAGACGACAUUAAAAAGGCCUACCGUAAGCUAGCGCUCAAAUAUCACCCUGAUAAAAAUAAAGCCCCGGAGGCCGAGGAAAAGUUCAAACUCAUAGCCGAGGCGUACGAAGUGUUGAGUGAUAAGAAAAAGCGUGAUAUAUAUGACCAGUACGGCGAGGAGGGCCUAAACGCCGGUGGAGGGGGUGGGGGCGGACCCGGUGGUCACGGGUUUCACGGGGGCAAUGGUGGGCAGCAUUUUUCGUACACAUUUCAUGGCGACCCCCGCGCCACGUUUGCCGCCUUUUUCGGUACCGACAAUCCGUUUGAGAUGUUUUUCAAUAUGGGAGGACUCGGCGGACCACACGGUCAUCAGGGUAUGUUCGGCAUGAUGCAU